CUCCUAAAGUGGCUUUCUCAGCUUCUCUGUUGAGCUCUUUCGGACCACAAAGCGUUGGACCCUUUCAUAAUGGUCUACACACCCUGAUUUAUGAAUAUGUCUUCCUUAAUAUUGGAGACGCCUAUGAUACAAACACAGGAAUCUUUACAGCACCUGUGAGGGGAGCGUAUGCUUUCAGGGUCUUCUCCAAGGCCUUUGGAAGUCCACAGAGAGCCGUUACUGCAGGCCUGUUUAAAAAUGACCAGCACAUCAUUUCUACACAUGGACACCAAGCAAGCGGUUUUAUCAGCUCUUCAAAUGGAGUCUCUCUGCUGCUAGAAGAAGGGGAUCAAAUGAAGGUGAAUCUCUAUCCUGGACAAUGGAUUUUCGACGAUGGAGAACAUCAUCACAGCACAUUCAGUGGACAUCUACUUUUCCCCAUGUGAGCUUGCAGAUCAUUUAUAAAAAAAAAUUUUUUUUUAAAAACCAAAAGCAUGUCCUUAAAUCAUUGUACUUAAUGUAACCGAAUAUAUAUAAUCAAGUGGCUGUCAAAUUCAUAUAAUAAAAAAAAUAUUCUUA